GUGGCGAGACGAUCGUCGACAGUGCCGCGCGCGCAUCGACAUCGAGUCAGUAAAUUAAAUACAAGAAAUUCCAAAGCGACAAAUAUACAUUUACUGCGCACAAACAAAAAAGCAAACAAGACAUUAAUAAUCGCCGAAGGAUUUUAUUUAUCUAAAAUAUUAUCAGAAAUUCUUGGAGUUCAGUUGAAAAGUUAAUCAAAAUACCUACAAAAGUGUGUGAACAGAGCCGACAAGCGAAAAUAAAUACAUUUAAAGCCGCUUUAGGUGCCAUUUAAGUAAAUAAGCGAUAAAUAACAAGCACAGAAACUAGGCCAAAAGCGGCACCCACCCACACCAGGCAGAAAAUCACACACACGCCACAGAGCACACCAGCCACCGGCACACCAAAACAACACUCACUUGCUGUACGCUUUGCUUGCGAGUAGCUCCUCCACAUCUCCGGCUUUAUCGAUAUUGAAUGAGCCCCAUGAGUGGUCUACGUCAUCAGCUGAAGAUGCUGGGCACAGCACUGCUGGGCAAGCGAGCCACCAAGGCUGUCAAAAAGAAACCUUUUACAGAGGUGGAAAUUACAGAUCUACGCACAGCAUUCGAUUUAUUAGACAGGAAUCGUGACGGACGCGUGACGGCCAACGAGCUGCAGUUUAUGCUCAAGAAUCUGGGCAUAAAUGUGCGUGAUGAAAUCAUACACGAUCUCAUACGUGAGGCGAGCCAUUCAGGAAAUGGCUUAAUCAACGAGGCCGAGUUCCUGCAAUGGGUGGGCAGAAUUCAGGCGCUGCGCGACGACCAGCAGCAGCACGAUGCGAAUCCCAGCAACAGCAAGCCCCUGGACGAGGCCGAUGAUGUCACCGAGGAUUUGAUAGCAGCAUUUAGAGUAUUCGAUCGGGAUGGGAAUGGAUUCAUAACGCGCGACGAACUGCAGACCGCCAUGGAAAUGAUUGGCGAGCCUUUGAAUGAGCAGCAGCUGGAGCAGCUGCUGGCCAUUGCCGAUUUGGAUCAGGAUGGUCGCAUCAAUUACGAGGAAUUUACGAGACUUUUGCUGUAAGCAAUUUCAGCCCACGAAUGGAGGCAUGGUCAGCAACAACAAACAAAAACUUAGAAAUGGAAAACAAUGGGAAAAGGUUAACCAUUUAACAUAUAGGCAUAUACACAAGUGUUAAGCUAUUGUGGAUUAUACUCAGACAAGCGGAAAACUAUUACUAUGAGAAAGAAUGCAAACAAAAAAUUACUUAAUAUUUUAUACAAAAAACUAAAUGAAGAAUUAUAUUUACAUACAAAAAGGCGUGGGAGAAAGUGCAAGGCAGGCCCAUACACACACAAACACACCAACCCAACACACACACACACACAACAUAAAUUAGUUUGGAAAGUUUUUUCGAUUGUAAAAAGUAAUAAUAUUCAUUUAAGUUAAUGAAGCAGGAAAACCACCAAGAAUAAAGUGGAAAACUUUGUAGAUUUAUUUUUGUAAGUUUUGUCAAAAAAUGAUUUAUAAAUAAUACACACAAGAACACACAAAACACACACCACACACAUUAAAAAAAACAAAACGAAAGAAAAAACAGAACAUAAAUAUUCAUAUUCGGAUAAGUCUGAGAGCGUGAGUGAUAUUGUGUUUAGGGUGAUGGAUGCAUCAGCAAGGGGCAUGCAUACAUAAUAAUAAAAUUUAAAAUUUA